AUGUCGAUCGAUGAGAGCCCUGAAGAUGAGGAAGAAGUUCCUACUGCUCAAACUACAAUCACAAGUUACUGUUCUAGUGACGUCAUCAACGAAGUGAUGAAUCCUUUGAUCGAGCAAGGUCUCAAAGCUCAAAAUGAGGGAGAAGAAGCGGGGAAAUUCAGUUUCUCCUUCCGACAAAUGGCCUCUUCGGCCAAAGUUACUCCAGUUAAAGACGUUGCUCAUCUUGAGGAAGCCAAUCAUGAGGAGGAUACGCCAAACGACAAGAUCAAACUUGAAUCGAUUUUCGAAGGACUCGGAAGCUUUGGAAGAUUUCAACAAAUCCAGUUUAUUCUGAUCUGUAUUCCAAUCGCGUUCGUCUCGAUGCAUGUGAUGAGUUGGACUUUCGUCGUCUCAUCAGCGAGAAAAAUAUGCAAUGAAACCAAUGAAACACUUGUUGAUGGAUGCGAAGAACUAGCAUAUUCUGCAUCUGACAGGUGGGAUAUGAAUGGGGAUAAUGCAUGGAUUCGAGCUACUGUUCAAUCAGUCUACUUCGUUGGACAAAUGAUUGGAUCGUUCACUUGUGGAGUAAUGGCUGACAAAAUCGGAAGGAAGAAAGUACUAUUCUGGUGUCUGGUUCUUCAAGUUACAUGUGCUCUUUUAUUGAUCAUAGCUCCAACUUGGUGGAUUUAUGCUCUUCUCAAAGCUGGAACUGGAUUCACUCAACCAGGAAUCUAUGGAGUUGCAGUCGUUCUAGGAAUUGAAUUAGUUGGAAAACAGUAUCGUAGCUUCAUUGCUGUGAUUGCCAAUGUCUUUGGAGUUGUCGGAGGGAUAAUUCUCUCUACUAUGGCAUACUAUAUCGUUGAUUACCGCCUUUUACAUGCAGCAAUUGCUAUUCCUUCUUUGAUUUUCAUCACAUACUAUUGGGUUAUUCAUGAGAGUGCUCGUUGGCUAGUUUCUCAAGAGAAGUACGAUGACGCCAACGUCGUUCUAUGUGCAACUGCUUCAAUGAAUAAGAAGACAAUGCCUAAAGAUUGGGCUGAUAAAAUGGAGAAGAAGGUGGAUGUGACCGCAACCAAGAAGAAGGAUUCAUUUGGGGCAGUUGACUUAGUCAGAACUCCACAAAUGAGAAAACGAACUCUUGCCAACUUUGUUAUGUGGCCGGUAACGACAAUGAUGUACUAUGGAAUGACAAUGAGAAGUGAUGUUGGAGGUGGAAGUCUCUUCGUGACUUUCGUCUCUUCUCAAUUGAUGGAACUUCCUGCAGUCAUUAUUGUUGCUCUGCUGAUUGACAGAUUGGGAAGAAGAAUCAUGUACUCUGGAUCGAUCUUCACUGCAGGAGUGUUUCUACUUGCUAACUGGCUAACUCACGAUUUGAUUCCAAAUCAAUAUGCAGUUGUGAUGCUUAUGAUUGCCAAAGGAGCUGUUUCGGUUUCGUAUACUGUUAUGUACACCUACACAUCUGAACUAUUCCCAACUGUUAUUCGAAAUACAGCUGUUGGAUGUUGCUCUACUAUGGCAAGAGUCGGAGCUGUCACUGCAUCUUUCAUUGCAUUUUUCUUGGUGGAUCGAUAUGGUCGUAUUGUGAUGAUAAUUCCAUUCACAAUUCUCGCUAUGUGCGCUUCAAUCGUUUCAUGGUUCAUGCUGCCUGAGACUGUUAAUAAACCACUUCCGGACUCGAUUUCCGAAAUCGAAGGGAACAAAAUAUAG